UGUGUAUACUGUACCAGCGAGGCCGGGGAGCUACAGUGCUCGACGUCACCUCUCCCAUGGCGUCACAUUGACGUCACGCAUUCCAGGCUUGCUAUGUAGAAAGCAGGGGCAGAUAAAUGUGCUAUUAGACUUUCUCUCGCUCAGCGCGCCACAUAAACAAAGGCACAUUGCAACUUACGCUCAGCGCAUCCUCUCCGUUACUAACGCCGACACUCUUAUAGUGGAGCUGACAGAACCACGGAGUACUUUUUUCUUCUUAGCUAAGAGGAAAAUAAGUCAAAUAAUAUUUUUUAUGAAAAACCAUCAACUUUUGCGACUUUGAAACCAACUUUCAUUCAACCACUUUUUUUCAGUUUUUACAAAUUUCUGUUGGAUAUGCACACGGAAUUAUUAGGGCUUUACAAACAUAUGUAAAGACGGAACAUCAACAGAAAUCAAACACCGGUUCGGAAGAGCGCCUGCAGCCCAGGUCUGAGUCCCGGCUACCGGAUACCUCACCCGCCGCGUGUGCUGAAGCAGCCCCGAACCCCAGACGCGUGCAGCCUCCACGCGAGAAACCGACCACGAUUCAGCGAGCAAAAGGCCAAUCAGGUACCACAAGUCUCUGUAAAAAUCUCUCUUGACUCUCAAGAGCUUUUAGACACGUACUUUUUGUGUAUGAUUGCAUAUUUAAAUAUUUUAUAUUAAGCUACAAUAAUUUUGUAUUUUUAAGAACACCUCAUUUAGCCUAGGCUAAACGCAAACCAACUGGUAGUAAGAUAAUGCAUGUUUGUUGCUUUUUUGAUUACCCUAUGCCGGUGAACUUUUGCGGUUAUAUCAUUUUGGUUUGUCUAACUUUGGAAACUUGGAAAUUUCAGGAAAUCUCAUUGACAUGUUGUAAAUUUUGUACCUGUUAAAAUGAUAAUAAAACACAAUUUUUGGUUUGUAUAAUUAAAGCAACUAGCCUAUUUCCUCAUAUGGAUAUAAUUUUUUUGAUAGGUGUAGUUUAAAGUGUAGUUUAAACUAAAAUAUUUAUUUUCUUCCUGAGAGUUUUGUUUGUGUUUGUAAUUGUCCCGGAAAUAAGUGCAAAUAACCGGAAUAAUAGGCUAAUUGAUUUUUACAGACAUUGUCGUUUCUCUGUACAACACUCCUCAGCAAAUUGCAUUUAAUUCUGUUUAAAACAUGAGUCUCGCAGAUGGUGGUUUGACAUUUAUAUGACAGAAGAAGCAUGCAUUUGUGUUCCAGUUGGAACGAGCGCAAUCUGUAUUAGGCUAUAGCUCAUUCAUUUUAUAUUUGCAUCCUACCAAUAGUAUCAUAACAUACUUUCUUCUUGGUCAGAGCAAACUCGUGUGCUUCUGUUAGAAUACAUUGUCUGUGUUGUCUUAUUAGUGUUUGGAGAGUGAAAGUUUGCGCAAAUGUAUUUGUGCCGCCUGUUUUCCACUGAUGCUUGUUAGUUUCAAGAGCAAAUUCAUACUAGUUAGCUUGUCAUGUGCAUCUAUUUUUUAUUUUUUUAUUUAUGUCGUUGAUUUUUUUUGUUUGUUAGAUCUAUGGCACUCUGACAAUGAACAAGCGAUCACAGUUAUUGGAACAGCUGCAUUUUGUCCAUCUAAAAUGCACACCUCGAGGUUAGCAACUGUUUCAUCCCUCUAAAGCGCUUUCUAUAAGCCUGAGUGUGUAUUUGUGUGAGGCUCUCUCUGUCUGGUGCACGCACGCACGCACGCACGCACACACACACACAUACACACACACACUAGAGCUGUAAAGCAUCGUUUCAGUAUGACUUUAUGUGGUCUAGACCUUUUUAAUAAUUCGACUUUUUACGUUAGGUCGGCUGCGUUUUCAUUUUUAUUAUCCGUGUCAUGGUGAAAUGUGGAGCUGAGGUAGAAAAGCGACGUGCACUGCUUUGCACGUGCACAAACAAACCAUAAACGGAUACACACGAGAGAUACGGAGUCAGACAGAAAGUCAAGUCCUGCUUUUUUCUUUAAGGAUUUAGUCUUACAUAAUUUGAGCUGGCCUUAAGUGUGUAAAAAAGACACCCAAACUUUGAUUUGAUAAGUGCCAUAUUUUUGUCUUCAAAUUCCAAAACUACAAAAACAAAAAAGCAAGCACAAAAAAAAAGCACAAAAGCAAGUUUAUCAGCAUAUCUGUGCCUAUAUCGCGUGGUUUUUGUAAAAAAAAAAAAAAAAAAAAAAAGUUUUAAAAAUCGUUAAAAUAUAUAGCAAGUUUAAAAUUAGAAUGAGAUAGCCUAGUUUAUAAACCAAAAAAACAAAAAGCAAAAAAAAAUAACAAAAAAAAGAAAAAAGAAAAAAGAAAGAAAGAAAAAAACGUGUAUAUCUCAAGUGCACGUUAGGGAGAUAUGUGUUUGUGUGGUGACAGUGGUGUAAAAUGUCAGUAAACUCACUUUUGCUCCAUCCUGCACGGGACAGAUUGACCUAAAAUCAUUCAUUCCUUCGUCAAAAUCCAUGACGAUGAAGGGUUCGCACCCCACCCACUCACUUUGACGUAAAAGUCUCCUUCGUCAAAGUGCGAAUUAUAGGAAUAUUAGGCCUAUUAAUUAUCCAAAAUAAACUUACCUCCCAAGUAAAGUUAACGUUACAACUAGCCUAAAGGUUGUUUUCUUUUUAUAGAAGGUUGUUACUUUUUAUAUAGGCUUCACUAAAUAGGCUUUCAAACAGUAUCUUGCCUACAAGUUAGUUUAUUAGAUUACAAAUUAAUCGGAGUGCAGCGAAUGUAUACGCUUGUGCUUGAGGAGGUAACCAUAGCAACAGCUGCUCGAUUACAGUCUGUAGCGAACGGUAACGUUACAUCGACAAAACAUAAGUAGGCUAACCACUGGAAAUAUUUAUCAUGUUUAUUUUAGAUUUAUAGAUUUACACAUUUAAAAUAUGUCAUAAAAAUCAUACUUGUUUAAAACGUCUGUAAUAUAGUUAAUGGCUAGCUAUAUGCGCUAGGGGCGCUAAAACACUAAUUGGGUCGCUCGAGAACAGCCCAGCUGAAAUGUGACAGAAAUUCAUUUUACUUUUACACCCCUGAAAAUCGUUUAAAAUUUGUACACUGUAAUAUGUACAAUAUAGAACUUAUUUCAUUUUUAUUUUUUUAAUUGUAAAAGAUUAGCCUACUUUCUCUUGACGCCCAGUUUGGUUUACAGGUUCAUACAAAUUUAAAAUCAGGCUGCAUGGAGAAAAUAUAGCAACAUGAACUUUUAUUACUAGAGUUAAUAAAGUAAGCUGGACAACAAGGAAGUUUACUGUUAAUUUAGUUUAAAUAUAAGUAACCAAAACUUCAAUCAAUUCUGAAAGGAAAGUUUGGGGUGGACAAAGGUUUACUUAAGGUAAGCCCCCCAUCUUCUCAUGUGCAUUAUCCUAUAAAUCCACUGUUGUGACUGAAAUGUCUAAUGACAUUAAACUCACUGUUAUCCGUGAUGCUGUAUGCCACAAUAUGCGUUUGUAUGCAUAGCCAGCGAUGUGCGUAGGAAACGGAACGCGCGCGCACUGGUCCGAGUCACCACAGGUAAAGAGGCGUUCAUAAUUGAUAAGCCUCUUGAUUUUACUAAACAUACAUGACGUGUUGGAGGCACAAGGAUUACGAAGUCACUACACGACAGCGUCAAUCCGACGUCGGGUCUGUGUACACUUCCCCACCUAGGGAAAAUAAGCAAACAAAGGACACGCACACACAUCUCCUCACGGACUCAGACAUGCCCUGCGUUCAGGCCCAGUACGGACCUGCACCUCAUGGGUCCAGCUACUCCGCCCAGUCCUUUGGUUACCAUGGUGACUACAGUGCUGACCUCAUGGCGACAGACUACUCGAAGUGUGAGCUCGGUGGGGGGGAGAUCUCGGCGGCGGCUGCCACCACUUCCCUACCCAGUUUUAAUGUGUUCGUGGAGGGCGGCUUUGAGCCGAAACCCUCCUGUCUGUAUCAACUCCCUCCUCAACGCCCUAUCAUCAAGAAGGAGGAGGAGUCUUACCCACCCAUGGCACCAUCCGACGAAGCAAUAGCUGGGAGCUCCAUGUACUUUAAGCAGUCGCCCCCUUCGACGCCCCCCACGCCGCUUCACUCCGGCCCACCCAGCAGCUCUUUCUUGUGGGAUGAACACAGUCUUCCCCCUGUGCCCCAGCCCUGCCUGAUUGAAGGCCCAUUGAAGAGCCCUCGCUUUCCUCAUUUCUACGAGCAGACAGCCCCACCCUCCACCAGCGGCUACGACACUGCCAUUGGCCUUCCGCUGCGCCCUGAACGCUCUCCUUCCUCAUCCUCUUCAUCUUCACAUGUGCCACCCAGCCUGGACACGCACACACACUCACAUGUGCACUCCCACACGCACUCACACAUGUACCCCCUGAACAUGGGUAAGCCGGGAGGCCUGGCAUUCCGCUCUCUGGGCAUGGGCCCGUGCCCGCCGCUUCUGGGAGAGAGUUUGCCAUCACCGCCCAGUCGCAUCAGCUCCGGAGAGGGUACCUGUGCUGUGUGUGGAGACAAUGCGGCCUGUCAGCACUACGGUGUGCGCACCUGUGAGGGCUGCAAGGGCUUCUUUAAGAGGACGGUGCAGAAGAAUGCGAAGUACGUGUGUUUGGCCAGUAAAAACUGCCCUGUGGACAAAAGGAGAAGAAAUCGCUGCCAGUACUGCCGCUUCCAGAAGUGUCUCAGUGUAGGCAUGGUGAAAGAAGUGGUGCGCACAGACAACCUGAAGGGGAGGAGAGGUCGCUUGCCAUCUAAACCAAAGAGUCCCCUGCAGCCAGAACCCUCACCCCCAUCACCUCCCCUCAGCCUGCUGAAUGCAGUAGUGCGGGCCUAUUCCCAGUCUACACCACGAGAACUAGACUACAGUCAGUUCAGUGCGGUGGAGCCAGUGGGUCUAUCUGAGUCUCAGCAGAUCCAGAUGUUCUACAGAGUGCUAACUGGCUCCAUGGAGGUGACACGCUGCUGGGCGGAACGGCUGCCUGGAUUCUCUGAGCUUCACCACGAUGACCAGAACCUGCUCAUUGACUCUGCCUUCCUUGAGCUUUUCGUGCUUCGCCUCGCCAACCGGUCUUUGCUGGCGGACGAGAAGUUCGUGUUUUGCACAGGCCUGGUCCUUCAUCGGCAGCAGUGCCUGCGUGGCUUCGGCGAGUGGCUGGACUCCAUCCGAGACUUCAGCACUCACCUGCAGAGUCUCAACCUUGACAUGCCUGCGUUCUCCUGUUUGUGCGCCCUAGUGCUGCUCACAGAACAAUGUCCCGGUCUGAAGGAGCCUAAAAAAGUGGAGGAACUGCAAUCCAAACUAAUCUGCUGCCUGCGAGAUCACCUGAGCUCGGUCAGCGCAGGAGGCGUGACUUCAACCGGCAAGGCCCCACCUCCAGUGGGAGCUGUGCUGGGCUUGAGGGCGGAGCUUCGAACGCAGCGUACGCAAGGCUUACAGAGGAUCUUCUACCUGAAGCUUGAGGACCUGGUCCCGCCCCCACCGCUCAUCGAUAGGUUUCUGGACACCUUGCCCUAUUGAUGACCACGCCCCAUUUUGUACACCACUGACACGCCCACAAGCUCACUCAGACACGCCCACAGCGGCUAUAAACUCACCCUGGGAGGGACAGAGCCAGUAGCUAACAGUGACACUGAACUCGAUUUCCCAUGAGUCCCCAAAUCCUCACAGGAAACAAACGUGUCUGAGGAGAAACCAAUCAUAUAAGCGCUUUUAAAUCUCUGCUCUGCGCCUGAUAGUGUAGAUAUGAGGCGGGGUUUGAGCGUAUCUGACGUACCGCGCCCUGGGAACGAGCGCCAUGCCUAUAGCUCAGUGCGUCACGUCAAGAGAAGUAUUACCGUGCGAGAAUGUGUGUAUGUGUGUGCGUGUGUGUGAGUACGCACACUUAACGGCUCCUUUGCAGGCGGUCCAAACGUUCCACCACAAUCCACCUCAAUGACAGCAGUUGUGUUCAUCACAAACAUACACUCACAAACACACAAGUGCACGCGAACUGUCCUUUCACACAUACGCACGGAUCCAAAACGCCAGCUUCAGACGCCAGAUUAUGACAUAUCAACUGUCGUUGGCAGAAACGAAGUGGAUGUGUGUGUGAAAACACGUAGGAGUGUCUCUGAGGGAGGCUUUCGCCACACAGACAGAACGACAGAGUGCAUUAAUGUCCAGAAUCACAGUUGAUCACACCCCAGAAACCUGCAAACAAGUGCAAUUUACUAAGUGCUAUUGUAAACGAAGAGAGAGAGGAGAGAACGAGAGUGUGUGUGUGUGUUUGUUCCAGUCCUAUUUCAAACUCUAAAUUAUUUUAAUACUAAGACUCGCCUUGUAAGGUAACGGUUUCAAUUGAGAUGAUUUAGCCCAGUCUGCGCACUAACUUUUAACGACGAAGUUCCACAGACUUGAAAUUACUGUAGUUUUUAUUAUUAUUAUUAUUAUGAAUAAAAACCAAGGGAUUUUAGCGGUAGGGUAACAGACUAAAAAGAGUAGAAUUGGGCUUUGAGCACUUAAAAAAACAGGAGGUUAAGAGAAGGCUGGUGAGACGCAGGUGCAGAGAGAGGAUGGAAGGAAUGAAACAUUCCGCGUUCAUGCUCAUUUUUGUAUGUUUAUACUGUCUACGCCAUUUAUUAAUAUGGAGGACAUUGUUGCAAAAAUGUCUUUUAUAUGUACAAAAAAGUAAAAACGGAUUAUAUGCAUGGUUUUCUCCUUCUCGCCUCUGCUUGUAUUUAUUUUGCAAAGACUGCCGGCUCCACAAGGGCUUGAACACACUUACUGACUGGGCGUUCUCGCUUACUUUAUCAUACGGCAGCAGUUUGAACAGAUGAGAAAGUACAAAUUAUAUAAAUAUAUAAAUAUAAAUAUAUAUAUAUAUAUAUAUAUACACACAAUACAAAACUAAUAUUUUGAAGUGUUUUUAUCUGAUAGCUUUUUCAAAUCUUGUGGUACAAGUUGUGCAUUGUUUUUUGGAGAAGAAACAUGAAAAAAGAAAAAAAAAAACAUGUUUUUCAAUGUCUCUUUUGGUUUUAGUUUUUUUUCUCUCUUUGGUUCACUGGAGGCUCUGUUCAGCACUUUGAAAUCAUAAAAAAAAAACCUUCUGA